AUGCGGAAGGAGGAGGCAGAGCACACGCAGAGUGUUGAUGACAUGGAACUGGCUGCACAAUUGUUGGAAGUGGUUUCGUUUAUGAAUGAUAUUUGGCUUUGGGAGCGUUCUGUUGGAUGGAGGAAAGGAGCAGAACAACUUUGUUGUCGAGAACAGCUGAGUCAGAGGAGUGCUGCAGUGAUUCCAGUGCAUGUGUUCGGCGGUUUCCGGAUUACUAGUGAAUUCCAGUGGGAGUCUCGACAGCGACUUUUCGGAGAUGUGGGAACUUGA